AUGGAGAUGGGAAUAGAUCACGGCAGUAACACGACACGGCCACCUAAACACCAAGACUAUCCCGAUACCUACUUUGCCCAUCCCGAGCAUUCUGGAGUCAUUCACACACACAUUGCCUUGAUGGCUAUUUCUUGGGUAUUCAUCCUUCCCAUCGCUGUCAUGUUUUCGCUGGCACGGUCUCGUUUUACUUUGCAUGUACAGUUCGUGUUCCUAGCUUUGAACACUUUAGGAGUCUUUCUCGGUGUCGUCUAUAACACUCAAACCCCAGACUUGUAUCCUGGUAAUGCGCACCACAAGAUUGGCUGGGCUGUGACAUGGGUCGUCUACGCCCAGGUGCUUAUGAAUGCUGUGGGCCACAUUGCUGGUAUUCUCCGAGGGAAUGAAGGCAACCGAGGUAGCAGAGAGGGACAUUGCUUCCAACCUGUCCCAAACUCAGAGGCCGAAUACACUUUAUACAGUGGCUACCACGAUGACAGCCCAUACCGUACUUCUGAUGACACUGGACGAGGCACCGAGCCAAACAGCCCGUCCAUCGAGAGCGACUCGGUAUCGACACUCAAUGAUAUGGGAUCGCCUCCGCAGCACCCCGAAAAGGAUUAUGAAGACGACCAAGACUUGGAAGAGCUUUCGUUAUCAUCUACUGCAUCUCCUGGAACUUUGGCCCGUCAUGUGUCCAAAAUUACAACCUCGAGAGUCUGGAAGUACCUCGGCAUUGGCUGUAAGGUGGUUGAUCGCAUUAUUCUUCCUUUCGGCUCUAUCGCGAUUGCCACUGGAAUAGCCACUUUCGGCCGCUUUUUUGAAGGAGAAGGAAUCUUCAAUGGUUUGGCCCACUGGAUCAAGGGUGGCGUUUUCUUCUGGUUGGGAAUCUUCACCCUGGGACGCUGGUCUGGCAGUUUUGGCGAGCUCGGCUGGGCAUGGAAUAUUCGUCCCAAGAACCAUCCCAAGGGAUGGAGUCCUUCUGCUGAGCUCGUUGAGAGCUUCUUGAUCUUUUUCUAUGGCUCUACCAACAUCUUCAUGGAGCACCUUGGUGGUUGGGGAGGGGCCUGGACUGUGCAGGAUAUGGAGCACAUCUCCAUCACUGUUCUUUUCCUUGGAGGAGGUCUGUGUGGCAUGCUCAUCGAGUCGACUCGCAUCCGUAAUCUCCUUAACAUGACUGUCCAAGACAUCAAGCCAAUAAAUCGCCAUACAGUCGAAGACGCAAACGAGGCCGAGGAUCCUGAUACAUAUGAGUUGUCGCUGAAUCCCAUCCCAGCUUUGGUGAUUAUGUUGCUUGGACUCAUGAUGAGCUCACACACGCAGCACACCAUGAUGUCCAGCAUGGUUCACAGGCAGUGGGGAAAUUUACUCCUCGGAGCUUCACUUGCUCGCGGUCUGACAUACUUUUUGAUGUUCCUCAAACCGCCAAAGUCCAUUCUUCCAUCACGACCCCCUACCGAGUUGCUCGCCGCAUUCGGACUCAUAUCUGGGGGAGUUAUUUUCAUGGCUAGCAGCACUGAUACUAUUGAUGGGAUGAUCCAUUAUGGCCUUGAUGCCAUGUUCAUGUAUACCGUCACGAUGGGCCUUGUCGGACUCUUGAUGGCCUGGAUUAUCAUUGUCCUUGCCGUCAAGGGAUGGGCCGUGCGAAUCGAACGACGCGGCAUGUCGAAACAGUGA